CCGCUCUUACCGUCGUCACGUGACCAAACCCGGUAGUCCGGCGAACACGCUGCGCCAAGAGAACGAAGACUUGUCUGUUUUGGUCUUUUUAUGGUUUCUUUUUAGUUUCUGGCUCGACUGAUGUCCCUCAUGUCAAUGACCGAGUGUCUACCUGGUCAGUUUGAUGACGCAAAGGAGGACAGCAGCCAAGCAGAAGCACUGUCUGUCCUUCACCAGAUCAGGGACAUCACCCUGCAGCCUUCAUCAUACCAGGAGGAGGAGGAGGAGGAGGGGGAGGAUGAUGAUGAUGAUGAUGAUGGAGGAGAGUGGGCGUGGUGUUCAUCAGGAGGGAAUCUGACAAAGAGAUACAAUAGGACAAGUCUGAACUGUCAGUCCAACAGACAAAAUUUGUCCUGUCACUCCUCAACUCCCACUGAUAAAGCUCUGAGGAAGUAUGAACACAAGAUAAACCUGGACAAACUAAACUACGCUGACUCAGUCAUCAACAAAGUGAAGACGAUGCAGAAGCAGAAAGAUUCAGACACGUACAGAGUGAGGGACAAAUCAGACCGAGCCACAGUUGAGCAGGUUUUAGAUCCUCGGACCCGAAUGAUCCUGUUUAAGAUGCUGAGUCGAGGAGUAAUCAGUGAAAUAAAUGGCUGCAUCAGCACAGGGAAGGAGGCCAAUGUUUACCACGCCAGCACCUCAGCAGGAGACAGCAGAGCUAUCAAAAUCUACAAGACCUCAAUCCUGUUGUUCAAAGACCGUGACAAAUACGUCAGUGGAGAGUUCAGGUUCCGGCACGGUUACUGCAAAGGAAAUCCCAGGAAGAUGGUGAGAACCUGGGCAGAAAAGGAGAUGAGGAACCUUAUCAGGCUGCAGACGGCAGGAAUUCCAAGUCCAGAACCGCUGCUGCUUAGAAGUCAUGUUCUACUGAUGGGCUUUAUUGGAAAAGACAACAUGCCAGCGCCGCUGCUGAAGAACACGUCACUGUCUGAGUUAAAGGCCCGUGAGCUCUACCUGCAGGUUGUACAGAACAUGAGGAAAAUGUUUCACGGUGCCCGACUCGUACACGCUGACCUCAGCGAGUAUAACAUACUGUACCACAACGGAGACGCUUACAUCAUUGAUGUGUCUCAGUCGGUGGAACACGACCAUCCUCAUGCUCUGGAGUUCCUCAGGAAGGACUGUAGCAACAUCAACGAGUUCUUUGUGAAGCACGGUGUGGCUGCCAUGACCGUUCGAGAGUUGUUUGACUUCAUCACUGAUCCAUCGAUUACCUGCAACAACAUGGAUCAGUACCUUGAGAAGGCGAUGGUGAUCGCAGCUCAGCGCACAUCAGAGCAACGAUCAAAUCAGGACAGAGUGGACGAAGAGGUGUUUAAAAAGGCUUACAUUCCUCGCACGCUAACAGAGGUGAGCCACUACGAGCGGGACAUUGACUUGAUGAGGUUGAAGGAGGAAGAGUCUGUGAUUGGUGGACAAAGUGACAACAUCCUUUAUCAGACGCUGACGGGACUGAAGAAGGAUCUUUCAGGAGUUCAGACGGUUCCUGGUCUCCUAGAGGAUGACCAGCCUUCAUCAGAGGAGGCUGAUGAUGAUGAUGACAAGGGGGAUGAAGAGCAGGUAGCUGACCAAGAGCAGAGUGAGGACUCCUUGAUGGACAAAAAGGAGAAGAAAAAGAUGGUAAAGGAAGCUCAGAGAGAAAAACGAAAAUGUAAAGUCCCCAAACAUGUGAAGAAAAGAAAGGACAAGUUGGCCAAGAUGAAGAAGGGCAGAUGAGGAUUUGUGUGUCGCAGCCCAACUCAAAACCAAUAUUUGCUUCAGCAGCAGCUGUUUCACAGUCAGGACAGGAGACGUCGCCUGGCUACGAACUUCAGCUGCUGAUGAAACAUUUAACUUGAUGCUUCUUUCAUAUUCUCAUAGACGCUGGCUUCUCAGAGAACCUGUGAUGCUAGUUUGACACAAACUUGAAGAUUACUAAAAUCUUUCCAUCCAACAUACUGUUCAUUUAACUUUUUCAUCUUUAGGUUUGAAUUAUUAGCUGCAGGCCCUUUUCUGUAAACUGCAUCUCAAGUGUUUGUCAGUACAACAAAAAGGCAAAGAAAUUACUAUUAUGUA